AUGUGGCCCUCCCUGAGCAACGAGCUCUUCCCACCCCCCACUGAAGUCUGGCUCCAGACGGUCUCCUCGGAUCCUGAGGCCCAAGGCUGGGGGGCCUGGGGCAGGACUGAAAAGACCUCUUUGGUGCAAAGGGCUGGAAGUGACAAGGAAGCAGAGGAAAAUGCAGAUUCCAACUUCCUGCUCUCCUUGCUGGACCCAGAGAACCUAGCCAAGUCCCCAGUCUACAACCAGGAGUUAGAGGCCAUCCGGCUGAAGCUGUGGGCCAUGGAACAUGCCGAGGUCCUGCCGGAACCACCCAGUGUACAGAGGAAGGCCACAGAGGAAGAGAGGGCUGAGGCCAGAGAGCUGCUGAGCCCUGAGACCAUAGGCUGCUUCUUCCCCGGGGCCCCCAAGGAAAAUGUGGAGGCUGACCACAGAUCGGUCUACGUAGGCAAUGUGGACUAUGGUGGUUCAGCUGCAGAACUGGAGGCCUACUUCAGCCCCUGUGGGGAGAUCCACCGGGUCACUAUCCUGUGUGACAAGUUCUCUGGACACCCCAAGGGCUACGCAUAUAUAGAGUUUGCUUCGAAGAGCUCCGUCCAGGCGGCUGUGCGGCUGGAUGAGAGCACCUUCCGAGGUCGGGUCAUCAAGGUACUUCCCAAAAGAACGAACUUCCCAGGAAUCAGCUCCACAGACCGUGGCGGGCUGCGGACGCACUCGAGCAGCAGGGCUGCCUUCCUGCAGGGUAGCAUCCAACGAAAACCUCGGUUAAGACCCCAUGGACAGAGCCGUAAGGGCCGUGGACGAGCCUCACCGUGGUACUCGCCAUAUUGAAAAGAUAGCCCAGUUUUAAAAGUGGGGCCAGGAGCUGGGUCAGGAGUACACUGCUGUCUCUCCGCUUACUCCAAAUGGGUCUUCAAACCUGGCAGCCCACACGGGCCCUUGAAGGUGCCUAGAUCACCAGGUCCCAGUGGGAAGGCGCUGGGCAGGGAGAUUCAGAGGAGAGAGGAGGCUCGGGGUAAGCUGGG